AUGUGGAGGUCCAACGUGUCGGAUAUUGAUGGGGACAUUCUUUGCGUGUCCCAAUUUACCCUUAUGGCCAACACCUCCAAAGGGAACAAACCAGACUUCCACCUUGCCAUGUCCACUGAGCAAUCGAAGGAAAUGUAUGGUGCCCUCCUUCUCAAGCUAAGUGGCAUGUACAAGGCUGAGAAAAUCAAAGAUGGGAGGUUUGGGGCUAUGAUGGAUGUAACGCUGACCAACGAAGGUCCUGUCACGUUGACGAUUGACUCAAGGAAGGAUACUACGGCCUAG